CAUUACCCUCCCCUUUUCUUAGCCAUCAUUAACUUGCAAAAACCAACCUUCUCUCUCUCUCUCUCUCUCUCUCUUUCUCUCUCUCUCUGUCUGGAUAUUGCUUAUAAUCCCUCUCUUUAUCCACAACUUAGACUCUCUUUCUCUUUCUCUUUCUUGUCUUUUUCAGUUAUUAUGGAGUGUUGGCCAACGUAAAUUUAGUUAUACAAUUGAAUUAGCUAAGAGGAGGUGUUGUCAUAUGUUAACCAUUGCUAUUUUAAGGCUGCCUAGAAGAAAAUUUUGGCUUUUCAAACUAAACAAAACAAACCUUCAUAACAAGCAUAAGCACAGCCAUGUUGCAGGACGUGAUUCAUCCACCACCCGAGCAGCUCCCAGUUGAUGAUGUUUCCAGCACACUUAGUGCUAACAUUUUGGAAUUCUGCGACCCUGAAUUCUUCCUGCAAAAUUCUGAAGUCACUUCAAGCUCAAACUGUUGCUAUGAGGAGAAUUCUCCCUACACAAAUAAUCUUUCAUUGACAUCAGAUAUAGAGAAGUUCAACAGCUGCCAAGAUAAUAAUGGAAACAAUAGCACCACAACCCCCACAACUACUAGCACCACCACUACCCCCACCGCAAAUGCAAACAAUAUCAACCAUAACAAUCUGUCCAUUAUUUUUGAUACCCAAGAUGAGCUCGAUAAUGAAAUUUCAGCUUCUAUAGACUUUUCUGCAUCCCCUGCAUUUACUGUCCCCCAAUUUACCACUACCCAACAUGACCAAUUUGAUUUCUCUUCUGUACAACCUCAACUCACACUAUUAGAUAUGGUUUCUGCUGAUGGGCUAACCCGGCAUCCUUCUGAUUCUGUUGCCCCACUUAUGGGCCAUCCAUUGCCUUCAGUUUUUGAGGAAGAUUGCUUGUCUUCAGUUCCUGCUUAUGUACCUAUGAACCCUUCAUCCCCUUCUGGUACUUUUCUUGGUCCUGCUAUGAGCACGUGCAUGUCUGCUGGGACCCUGACUGCUGCAUUAUCUGUUGACAGUUCUGGGAUUUUCGCUGGAGGUAUUCUUCUGGGUUCUGAAUUGCACCAGCAAGAACUGGACUUUCAGGGUGAUAAUGUUGGAAUUUACUACUCUGAUACAAACCCUAGAGUUUUUAACCCAGGAGACCUACAGGCACUCGGCAAUGAAACGCAGCAAUUGGUGGGUGGAGCUGGGAAUUCUACUCCUUUGGCAUCAGAUAUUUCAAGUUUGGAAGAUUCAACCUUCAAAGUCGGCAAACUCUCAGUUGAGCAAAGGAAGGAGAAGAUCCAUAGGUACAUGAAGAAAAGGAAUGAAAGGAAUUUCAGCAAGAAAAUCAAGUAUGCCUGUCGCAAAACACUGGCAGACAGCAGGCCUCGAGUCAGAGGAAGGUUUGCAAAAAAUGAUGACUUUGGAGAGACCAACAGGGCAGCUUGUAGCAAUCAUGAAGAGGACGACGAAGACGAAAUAGUGGUGAAAGAAGAAGAGGACAUGGUUGAUUCCUCAGAUAUCUUAGCUCAUAUCAGUGGUGUAAACUCCUUCAAAUGCAACUAUUCCAUCCAGUCCUGGAUUUGAUUAGCUUUGAAGUAUUAAAAAUCUCUACAAUUUUGGAGAUGACUCCAUUUCAACCAGGAUUAUUAUAUCUAUCCAGGUUUAAUAAAAGAAAAUAGAAUAAUGUGGGUCGUUUAACAUAUUUAAUCUAUGUAUAAUGCAGCCAGGAUAAUCUAGAAAGUGAAAUAACAAUGUAAUUAUUGUAAAUACUAUACUCGAUCUAUCUCCAAUCUUCCUAUUAUCUCCAAGAUCCCACAAUCUGUACAAUCCUGUGGAAAAUCUUACUUGGCAGGAAUGCCAGUUGAAACAUGUUUAUGUCGCUAUUUUUGUUUGUUGUUUGCGUGAUAUG